GCGUGCCAAAUGAAAACAUCACUUCCGAACUAGAGGAGGUUCCGGUUCUUUCGUAAAUACUUCUCCUCUUUGCUGAGAAUGUAUCUUGCUUCCUUGUUGUCUUGAUCUUAAGUGAAAAACUUCCUUGAAAAUAAGCCGAAAAAAUGCCUUCGAACUACCAUUGGCAGAGUAAGGGCAAUGUUAAAGCGAGUGGGGUGGAAGAUAUGGUUCUUCUGCCGAAGAUCCAAGAAGCGGCGAUCGUGGAGAACCUAAAGAAACGUUAUAUGGACGACCUUAUUUUCACCUACAUUGGUCCAGUGUUGAUCUCUGUCAACCCAUUCAAACAAAUGCCAUACUUUACAGACAAAGAGAUUGACCAGUAUCAGGGAGCUGCAUCCUAUGAGAAUCCUCCACACAUUUAUGCCCUUACAGACAACAUGUACAGAAACAUGUUGAUUGAUCAGGAAAAUCAAUGUGUUAUUAUCAGUGGAGAGAGUGGAGCUGGGAAGACUGUUUGUGCCAAGUUCAUUAUGAACUACUUAGCUAAAGUAUCUGGAGGAGGCCCAAGUGUACAGAAAAUCAAAGAUGUCAUUCUAGAAUCCAAUCCUCUUUUAGAAGCUUUUGGCAAUGCCAAGACUGUCAGAAACAACAACUCCAGUCGAUUUGGCAAGUAUGUCGAGAUUCAGUUUACCAAGGGUGGACAGCCUGAUGGUGGCAAGAUUUCAAACUUUUUGUUAGAAAAGUCCAGAGUUGUGAGUCAAAAUCCAUCAGAAAGGAACUUUCAUAUUUUCUACCAACUUCUCACUGGUGCAUCACAAGAAGACAAAGGUCAGCUAGGUCUAACAGAACCCAGCUAUUACUACUAUCUGAAUCAAAGUGGUACAUACUCAGUGGACGGCACUAAUGAUGUAAAGGAGUAUGAGGAAACAAGGAAAGCAAUGGAUGUAAUAGGAAUAUCUGAUGAAGACCAAGGCAGCGUGGUGCAGAUUGUUGCUGGGGUCCUUCAUUUGGGCAAUAUUUCCUUUGAUGAGCAGGGAAACUAUGCAGUACCAAGUGAUGAUGAAUUUUUGGCAUAUCCAGCAUACUUGAUGGGCGUGAAUGAUAUGCUAUUAAAAGAGAAACUGAUCAGGUAUNUGAUCCAAUUCUGGUUCUUUAUCUUUCAGGCAUGUUACACUAGGGAUGCCUUAGCCAAAGCUCUAUACUCAAGAUUGUUUGAUUAUCUAGUUCAGUCUGUAAACAAAGCCAUGCAGAAGGAUGUUGAUGAACUCACAAUUGGUGUCCUUGAUAUUUAUGGCUUUGAAAUCUUCCAGAAAAAUGGAUUUGAACAAUUCUGUAUCAACUUUGUGAAUGAAAAACUCCAGCAAAUCUUCAUUGAGCUGACGUUGAAAGCAGAGCAGGAGGAGUAUGUGGAAGAAGGAAUUAAUUGGAGCCCAAUUGAUUAUUUCAACAACAAAAUUGUUUGUGAUGUUAUUGAAAGCAAGAAACCUCCAGGUAUCAUGUGUGUCCUUGAUGAUGUAUGUGCCACAAUGCAUGCUGUUAGUGAGGGUGCUGAUGCUACUCUUCUUGAGAAACUGAACAAUGCUGUGGGGACACAUCAACACUUUCAGGGAGUCAGUGGUGGGUUCAUCAUUCACCACUAUGCAGGAAAGGUAACUUAUGAUGUUGUUGGAUUCUGUGAAAGAAAUCGUGAUGUUCUUUUUAAGGAUCUUAUAGAGCUUAUGCAAACAAGUGAAAAUCCUUUCAUAAGGAAUCUUUUCCCUGAAGAUGUAAGUACAGACAAGAGAGGAAGACCCACGACAGCUAGCAAUAAAAUCAAGACUCAAGCCAACCUACUGGUGGAUAAACUGAUGAAGUGUACUCCACAUUACAUCCGUUGUAUCAAACCAAAUGAGAGCAAGAAGGCUCAUGAUUGGGAGGCAGACAGAGUACGGCAUCAAGUGGAAUAUCUUGGUCUCAAGGAAAACAUCCGUGUUAGAAGAGCAGGUUUUGCCUACAGAAGACCCUUUCAGAAAUUUCUUGAUAGAUAUGCUAUCCUCACCAAGGAGACUUGGCCAAGAUGGAGCGGAGAUGUGCGAAGAGGAGUGGAACACCUGAUGAAAGCUGUCAAUAUGGAAUCAGAUCAGUGGCAGAUGGGAAAGAGCAAAGUGUUCAUCAAAGCGCCAGAAUCACUCUUCUUGCUUGAGGAACUAAGGGAAAGAAAGUUUGAUGGCUAUGCCAGAAAAAUCCAGAAAGCCUACAGAAUGUACAAAUCAAGACAGUACUUUGCUGAACUCAAGCAACAAGCAUCAGACAUCCUUUUCAACAAGAAAGAGAGACGAAGAGGCAGCAUUAACCGUAACUUUGUUGGUGACUACAUUGGUUAUGAUGGGAACCCAGCAUUGAGAAGUUUAGUCGAAAAGCGAGAAAGGAUCGAAUUUGCUGUCACAGUGAACAAAUAUGACAGAAGAUUCAAGGCAAUGAAGCGGGACCUUCUGUUAUCAAGCAAACACAUUUACCUCAUUGGAAGAGAAAAGGUGAAGAAAGGACCAGAGAAGGGUAAAGUGUACGAAGUGGUGAAGCGUAAACUAGAAAUGAAGAGUAUAGGAUCGGUAUCACUCAGCCCUCUUCAAGAUGACUUUAUAGUGCUUCAUAUUCCUGGCGAGUAUGACAGUGUUCUAGAAACCGUAUUCAAGACAGAGUUUCUUACUCUUCUGUCAUCAAAAUAUCAAGACUCUCUGAGUCGUCAGCUGAAAGUGGAUAUCGUCAGCAGUAUCACAGUGGCGGUGAAGAAGGAAGGGUGGGGUGGAGGAGGGACACGUACUCUGACCUUCUCUCCUGGUGAUUCCGACUUCCCUGCACUCAAGCCUGCUGGCAAAACACUCAAUGUCUCCAUUGCACGAGGACUUCCCAAGGACACAAGACCUGGUCGUCAAGUCGCAGCCAGUUCUGGCCCAAGUAAACCCCGUCGUGCAGGCCCUGGGUACCCCUCGCAGCAACAAGCUCCCGGCCAAGUGCGUGGCCGAAAAGGGUCGAGUCUCAAUAGGUAUGCCCAAACGCACAAACAACCUUCAUUGCCGAGAUCUGGAGCACAACACCUGGCCCGAGGUCCUGCUAACAUUGAUGUCAGACAACAGGAAUUCAUGCGAACUCCAGAGUCAGGAGUGUGUGGAUUUAACCGCAUGAACCCACCCGUCACUACUUUACGAGGAGGAACUCGAGCGACUUAUCCCACUCCCAGUGGACGCCAUGUGGACUAUCCACCACAUAUCCACCAUGCGGCAUCCUCCCUGCAGUUUGGCGACGGCUCCCGUCAAUAUGGGAAAAAUCCUGAGCAGUGGGAUACUGCAGUCUAUGGACAGUAUAGGAAAACUUACGGUGGGCAGAAUGCGCCGUACAACGCAACGACUUUGAGACGAACGUCUGAGGAUGGUAAGAGGAGGGUAAGUUUUGAAGACGACCACGUGAAUGCCGCCAGACAAGCCAGGCAGCGCCCGCGUUCUGCCAACAUUACCUCUCAACGAGAGGUAAUUCAUGUCUUUCCAUUCAGUGAGAAACACGAUGAAAGAUUGCAUCAAGGAGGUGAAUCACAGCAAGAUCCUUAUGCCAGGGGAACUGCAGGACGGAGUGGACACCGAACAGUGCAACGCCCUCGCUCUGUGACCAUGGCAUCACAGAGCGAAAGUGUUUACAGUUCUACAACCGAGCAGCAGAGAAUGCAGUGGACAGAAACAGCUAAAAGAAGUCAGUAUUCAGCAAGACCGCCCGAUCAAAGUGGGUACAGUAGGGCGGGAUAUCAUCUGAACCAAGCCCCUCAACAGAGUUCGUACAGAUCAGACAAACCUCCCCACUCAGGGAAUACCACAGCUCAGGACACAGCAUAUUCAGGAGAUUACCGAGCCAGGAAUGCUUUGCACGGUGCCGGGUACAGCACUACAAACCGUCGGCAGGCUAGAGCUUUACAGAAUGGAUAUGAGCAGAUGAACCCAGUGGAUUACAGUAAAACCAGUGGCUCAAACAGACAAAAUGCAUACGCUCCAGCCCCGCAGAGUCCAGAGUAUGUAACAAUGUCAAAUCCGCAUGCUCCUGGAGCAGUAAAGUACAAUGCUCAGGGUGUUGUACAGCAGAGAACAACAUACAGGGCAGGUAAUGAUCAGCGUACCACAGCUCAGCAGGGAUACGAGCAAAUGGCUCCCUUGUACCUCAACCCUCCAGUUCCACACAGUGCUGCGGGAUUCCAACAAAAUGGAGUUUCAUACAGUGCUGCCACAACUCAACAGAAUGGAAUACCAUACAGUGCAGCGGGAAAUCAACAGAAUGGCAUACCAUACAGCGCAGCGGGAAACCAACAGAAUGGCAUACCAUACAGCGCAGCGGGAAAUCAACAGAAUGGCAUACCAUACAGCGCAGCGGGAGCUCAACAGAAUGGAACUCCAUACAGAGUUUCCACAACGCAACAGAAUGGGGCCCCAUACGGUGCUGUCCCAAGUCAGCAUACUGGAACACCAUACGGUCCUGCUGCAAGUUCGCCGGAUGGAAUGCUGUACAGUGCUACCAGAACGCAACAGAAUGGAACUACACACAAUGCUGCAGGAUCGCAACGGAAUGUAAUACCGUACGGCACUGCCACGAGUCAGCAGAAUGGAAUUCCCUACAGCACUGCCGCAAGUCAAUGGAAUGGAACACAAUACGAUGCUGCAGGUACGCAACAGAAUGGAACGCCAUACAGCACUGCAACGACUAAGCAGAAUAGAACACCCUACAGUACUCGACAGAAUCGUAUGCCACACAGUACGGCCGCAAGUCAAUGGAAUGGAACACCGUACAGUACUAUUGCGGGAGCAAUUCCGCAGCACUGCAUGUCAUAUAGCACAGCACCAUCGCAACAGAAUGGUACGUCGUAUAGUGUUGCAGCAAUCCAACCAAAUGUUUCAUACAGUGCUACACAUCACCAAGGAGGGCAUGAGCAAGGAGGCAGCCCCCAGAGCUACAGUUCGACUCCUCACCAGAAUGGGUAUGAUGGCUAUGACGGUAACCAUGGGGCUCCGCAGCAGAACGGGUAUGAUGGCUAUGACAGCAGCUCUGAUAGCGAGUUCGAUGAUGGUGAUGAUCAGUAUGAUUACGUCAACUUGAGGCAGUGGCAUGAUGCUGAAAACGGAUCUAACAGUUCAACUAACCAAGACGAUAGGUGAGCUAACCUUUCCUUUAACAUUUCUGAAAUCUUGAAGUAACGGAGAAAUUUGCAAGUAAAACGAAACGCUAAACUUCUAAUUACCACUUACUGCUCGGAGCAAAUAAGCUUUAAAUUUAUGAACCUCUCUGCUCAAAAUCCCUAAAGGUAAAAAACUAAACGUUUCAAAAACAGAUUGAAAAGUAAAAUUAAUUCCCAAAUAGGCCAUAUUCGUAUUCUCGGUAUUGG